UCCGCCGCCGCAGUCCCCGCCUGCCCAGUCCCCGCCUGCCCUAGUGCUCUUUAGCGGGGGAGGAGCCGAGACCCGGAGCAGCAGCAGUGGCGGUGGCGUCCGAAGGUCCAACAGCUCUGCAGCUCCGAGCGUGCGACUGGCCGGGAGGUUUCAGGCCAUCCGGGAGCCAGCAGAAAAGGAUUACCUGCCAGAGGAGGACAACAGCUGACGUCCCAAUGCACAGAUCAGCCCCCAGUCAAAGCAAAAGGAGCCGGUCACCGUUUGCCAGCACACGCCGUCGCUGGGAUGACACUGAGAACUCAGGAGCCAGCCUCAAUGUUGAUAAUGAGGAUUAUUCCAGGUAUCCUCCACGAGAGUACAGGGCCUCGGGAAGCCGAAGAGGAUUUGCUUAUGGACACACUGACACUCUGGGGGCGCGUGAUAGUGAGGAGGAGGGGGCUGGGCCUGUUGACCGACUGCCAGUGAGAGGCAAACCUGGCAAGUUUAAGGAUGAUCCAGAGAAGGGGGCAAGGCCUCCCCGCUUCUCUAGUGUUAGCCAUGAUGGGAAAGAGGAGCGUGGCAAGGUAGGAACACCCCCUGCUGCGAGGUGCCCUGCUAACAGGGCUGAGUUCUUGAAGCAAAAUGGCAUGGCUUCUCAGAUCCCUUCUGCUGAAGGCAGGGCAGCUGCAAGAGGUAACAACAGCUUGGAGAGGGGGAGGCAGAAUGUACCAGCACGUCCUAGCAGGGCUCCUGUGAGUAUUUGUAGUGGUGGGGAAAACACCCCAAAGAGUGCCGAGGAACCGGUGGUGAGACCAAAAGUCCGGAAUGUGGCGACUCCAACUUGCAUGAAACCAAAAAUAUUUUUUGAUACUGAUGAUGACGAUGAUGUGCCACCCAGUACUUCCAGGUGGAGGGAUGCUGCCAAUGCUGGGGAAGCCCAUCAUGCAGAGGGCCUAGCAAGAAGAGGCCGAGGUGAGGGUGCCAGCAGCUCGGCUGAGCCAAGGUACCCCGAAGACAAGAAGGAUGCCAGGAACGAGCAAGUGAAACCGGAGAAAGUGUCAAGACGGCGGCGAACCAUGGCUGACCCUGACUUCUGGGCAUACACGGAUGACUACUACCGAUACUAUGAAGAAGACUCUGAUAGUGACAAAGAGUGGGUGGCUGCUCUGCGUCGUAAGUAUCGUAGUCGGGAGCAACCCCAGUCUUCCAGUGGGGAAAGCUGGGAGCCUCUGCCAGGAAAGGAAGAACGGGAACCUCAGCAGGCUCGAGGGCACGUGAACACCAGUGGUGCUGGGAGCCUCGCCAGUACCAGUGUUGGCAACGGUGCCAGUGGCUAUCCUGAAGAAGCACAGGAACCGUGUCUUCAGGAAGAAGAGCAGGCCUCUCUGGAGGAAGGAGAGAUCCCUUGGCUGCGGUACAACGAGAACGAGAGCAGCAGUGAGGGUGAUAAUGAGUCUAGCCAUGAGCUGAUGCAGCCUGGGAUGUUCAUGCUGGAUGGAAACAACAACCUGGAAGACGACUCCAGCGUGAGCGAAGACCUCGAAGUGGACUGGAGCCUGUUUGAUGGCUUUGCAGAUGGCUUGGGAGUGGCAGAAGCCAUCUCCUAUGUGGAUCCUCAGUUCCUGACCUACAUGGCUCUUGAAGAGCGGCUGGCCCAGGCGAUGGAGACUGCCCUUGCGCAUUUGGAGUCUCUCGCUGUGGAUGUAGAGGUGGCUAACCCACCUGCAAGCAAGGAGAGCAUCGAUGCGCUUCCUGAGAUCCUGGUCACUGAAGAUCAUGGCGCGGUGGGCCAAGAAAUGUGCUGUCCCAUCUGCUGCAGUGAAUAUGUGAAGGGAGAGGUGGCAACCGAGCUCCCAUGCCACCACUAUUUCCAUAAGCCAUGUGUGUCCAUCUGGCUUCAGAAGUCUGGCACCUGCCCCGUGUGCCGCUGCAUGUUCCCGCCGCCACUCUAAAGGCCAAGGCUCUCUACUCCUAACCUGGUUGUUUUCCCUAUCUAAAACCCACAAUACUACAGGAGCCCUCCUUCAAAAGUAACAAUGGCAAUGAAAUCAGUUGGUCAACUAAACUUGUUGAUUUCUCGUGAUUCUUUCCAAUGUGAAAAUGGUCGUGUACAAUUACAUUUAAGAAUCAUUCUCUCUUUUAGAAGGUAGAAAGGGGAAACUAAACUUUCUAAAUGCUACUUGAGAUUGCAGCAAGAACAUAAAUUUUCUAAUCUGAAAAUGGAAACAAAUCAUAUUUGUUCUGUAGACUAUGUUGCUCUUACGUGUUGAUGUCAGGUUUAUCUGUUAAAUGUGUUGGAGAGACAAAAAUCACUUUUGUUGCAUGUUAUGGGUUAAUGUUCCUGUAUUUGCAGUGGUGUAAAAGCUUAUUAAAGUUCUCCUUUAGUUUGACACAGAGCAAUGGCAUCGUUUGG